GAGCUGGGGGAGGGAGGAGGUGGGUAGCUGCGCCGUACAUGUACGGGACAGAGCUCCUUCAACCCCUGCAGAGCCCGGUGCCCAUGCUGCUCAUGGGCAUCAAUGUCUCCUCCUUAUGCCGCUGUCACAUUAACAUGUAGCGGAUCCCAUAAGGAUUUGCGUUACGCCGAACACUGUGUGCACCCUGCCCUGAUGUGCUUAGAGGUGGCAGGGAAAGGUGGGAGCAGUGGGAAAGGAGAUGUUCCUUGUGUCUGCGCUGGAAGCAGGAUGAAUCUCGUGUCUAUGGCGACAGAUCCCGAGUUGAAAUGGAUAACCCUGUGGGUCCGAAUCAGGUGGGCGGCCGUGCUUGUGCUCCUUCUGGGCUCGCUCGUGAUGCUACUGCUCCCGUUGGCUGCUGUGGAAGACCAGUGCCAUGCAGUGCUCAAAGGACUCUCCUUCCUGAAAAGUAAACUGGGUGCGGGCUCCUCAGGGGUCACCAGAUACACAGGACAAACAACUGGGCUGAGCGUGACCUCCAAUGGGCUGGAGCUGCUGGUGCUGAAAGGCAAAGCCUCCCCAGAAGUGAAGUUAGAAGCCAAAGCAGCUCUGAAUCAAGCCCUUGAAAUGAAGCGCCAAGGAAAGCGGGAGAAGGCGCACAAACUCUUUGUGUAUGCCCUCAAAAUGGACCCUGAUUAUGUGGAUGCCCUGAAUGAAUUUGGUAUCUUUUCUGAAGAGGAAAAAGACAUUCUUCAAGCUGACUAUUUGUACUCUAAAGCACUAACCAUUUCACCCUGCAACGAGAAGGCUUUGAUCAAUCGGGACCGGACGCUACCUUUAGUUGAAGAGAUAGAUCAGAGGUAUUUUAGCAUUAUUGACAGUAAAGUUAAAAAAGUGAUGGCAAUCCCCAAAGGCAAUUCUGCCCUGCGCCGAGUGAUGGAAGAGUCCUAUUAUCACCACAUCUACCACACGGUUGCUAUUGAAGGAAACACUCUGACGCUGUCAGAAAUACGACACAUCAUUGAGACCAGAUAUGCUGUUCCUGGAAAAAGCUUAGUGGAGCAGAAUGAAGUGAUUGGCAUGCAUGCAGCUUUGAAAUAUGUCAAUACCACGCUGGUAUCACGGAUAGGCUCUGUAACCAUCAGCGACAUCUUGGAGAUACACCGGAGAGUGCUGGGCUAUGCUGACCCAGUGGAGGCAGGACGGUUCAGGACUACUCAGGUGUUUGUAGGACAUCAUAUACCACCACAUCCCCAAGACGUUGAGAAACAGAUGCAGGAGUUUGUGCAGUGGAUUAACUCAGAAGAUGCCAUGAGCUUGCACCCUGUGGAAUUUGCUGCGUUAGCCCACUACAAGUUGGUUUACAUCCAUCCAUUCGUAGAUGGCAACGGAAGGACCUCGCGCUUGUUAAUGAACCUCAUACUAAUGCAGGCAGGCUACCCGCCCAUCACAAUCCGCAAGGAGCAACGGGCCGAGUAUUACCAUGUCUUAGAAGUAGCCAACGAGGGCGAUGUAAGGCCUUUCAUACGCUUUAUUGCUAAGUGUACUGAGACGACUCUGGACAUGUUGCUCAUUGCCACCACAGAAUACUCCGUGGGCUUACCUGAAGCAGAUGGCAGCACUGCUGGAUGCAAACAAACUAUCCCUGUCAAGACCUGAGGGUUGUGGACAUUCAGGAGCCAGUAAACACAUGGGAGAACGCCAAGCCACUCAGUAUUCCUGCUGGGAAAUAACUCAACAGGAGAUGUCACUUUUUAGCAUUUCAUUUAUUUAAAGUGUCUUACAUUGGAUUAAAUUAAUAUAAUUUAUUUAUAUACAUAAUGCCAAGUUGAAAUGUGAACUGUUGAUGUUGAUUGUGCACUAUAACUUGCUUGUGCUACUGGAAGGAGGUAGGGAGAGGUGGCAGAGGGGCUCAACAAGCUGAAGCAGAAUUUAGUUUCUCCUUAAAAUUAAGCUUUGAGAAGCCACUUCAAUCACAACCCUUCACCUAGUCAGUCAACUGCAUCGUCUUACCUUGUUAAGGAGCUGCUAGGCAAGACAAAGUCUUAACUGAAUUGUUGCUUUUGUGUUACCUCUUCCCUGUUGUUAAAAAAAAAACAAAACACAAAAAAACCCCCACC